UCGCCUUCACCAGUCUAACCAAUCAGGCGCACCGUUACAAAACGCGUCGUGGCUGACUGUGUCACAAAAUGGCGUCGAAAACUGUGGCGAAAGGCCAGCGAUACAUCGGCGAAACGAAACAACAGCUAAGAGAUGGCUAUGGGAUCUAUAAAUAUUCCAACAGCUUCUUCCGUUAUGAAGGUGAUUGGAAGGAGGGAAAGAAACAUGGGCAUGGCAAGCUUGUCAUGGCGGACGGUAGCUACUACGAAGGGGAGUUUAUCCACGGGGAGAUAGAAGGUCAUGGCUUCAGGAAGUGGUCAUCAGGGGUCACUUACUCCGGCCAGUUCUUGGACGGGGAGAUGAACGGCCAUGGUGUGAUGACGUAUGCUGACAACAGUGUGUAUGAGGGAGAGUUUCUCGGCAACAAACGAGAAGGUCAUGGCAUUUUUAAACAAUCUGAUGGAGCAAUCUAUGAAGGUUCCUUCCACAAUGAUAAGAAACACGGUGAAGGCUCACAGCAGUAUCUGAAUGGUGAUGUGUACAUCGGUGACUGGAUCAAAGGCUGCAGACAAGGUAGCGGGGAACUCCGAUGCGCAGACGGCACGCUUUAUGAUGGUCAGUGGCGUAACGACCUGUACAACGGAGAAGGCACCAUGAUUCACAGCUCUGGCAUGACGUACGAAGGCAUGUGGAUCAACGGUAGACCGGCAGUGGAGGCAGCGAAAAUUUCCAUUAUUAACGACCCAGAGCUGGAUAUGUACCAAGGCACGUCGUUUAGCAUCGAGGUGGAGGUGCGUUCAGAGAGCGGCGAGUUGGUCUCUCCGGAGAAUGGACGCUCGCUACAGAUCACCGCAGGGUUCAGGCACUACAUGCCCAGCCAGACAUCACCGCUGUUUGAUCUCAUCGAAGAUAUGGAAGAGAAGCCAUCACCUACUCCGUACGGCUAUGAUGUGGUAGCCUACCCUCUGACUGAGUACAGUUACAUUGAGGAGAAGUAUUGUCUAGACGGCUACAUACCCAAGCCCUCCACGGCACUGACGGAAGCCACGACGGUAGAAGCAUCCAUCCCUGAAGAGCCAGCACAUGUUCCACAGAUAGAAGUUAUCCACCCGGGCAGUGAAGCUCCAGAAGAGACUACAAAACCUGAACCAAGCAAAACAGACGAGGGCGCUGUGACAGACGUAACCAGCACCGAGCCCUCGCCCCUGGCUGGCAGCGAGCAAACAGAAUCAGCACCUGCCACCGCAGCCGAAGGCUCCGUAGCAACCGACCAGCAGCUACCAGGCACGGCCGAUCUGGCAGAGGAGUCAUCACCCAUCCCUCCCGCAAUCAAUGACCAAAAAACAGAGAGUGGACGCACCAGUUUCAAGGACCUCAUUCUCCCCGGCGUCUCCCCAUCUUACUUUCCCUACGCCAUUUCCCCGCUGAAGGAGGACUCUGACCUGAGCCUAUCGGCCGAGCAAAGGUCCCGGAGCGGAACAAAAACCAAACUCAAAACCAGUACUGGCAAGGGAAAUAAACGAGUGGAAGACGAUAUGCCGAUAGAUGCCACCUUGUUGGAGAAACGAGACCCUAAAGCCUACAAGAUCAAGAGAGAGAAGCUGUACGGCGACGAACGAUUUGCUAGACCAGCUGAAUACGUGAUCAUGGUGAAUGACGUCACUGAGCCACUGUUCUUUGGCAAACGUCUCCCCACGGCCUACUGUCUGGUCAGAAUACAACACCCGAAGAAGUCCAAGAAGGUCAAGACUCCAUCAAAGGGAUCAAAGCCAAGCUCAAGGGGAUCCACACAUGAUUAAUAUGGACCAAUCGUGUAGCAAGGAUUGUGUCACGUGACUUGUGACAUCCAAUCAGGAUGGGAGAAACUCUUAGGUGACUGUGUGCCAACCAAUCAGAAUUUGAGCUUGGUUUCAUCAGGAACCAUCACAUGACUGAUGUCAUCCAAUGAGAGUACUCAGGUCUAGGGGAUCAUCACAUGACUGAUACCGUCCAAUCAGGAUCCAGUCCAACUAUAUGCAUGGACCUGUCACAUGAUCAAUUAAUCCUAUCAAAGUGUUGCAAAAAAAAAGUUACAAGCAUUUCUAUUUCAAAGUUGGUGCAACAUUUGAGUUUAUUCCGUCCAAUCACAUCCUUUACUUUACCCAUCAUGUGACCAAUAUCAUCCAAUCAAAGAUGUUGGAUGUUGAGGGCUCUAUAAUGGAAGCAUGACGAAUUUUUCAAGCCAGUCAGAGUAUAGCAUUUAAAUAAUGAAAGAGACCAAUUAAGAACAGGUGCCCAGUCACAUGACCUAAUCCGUCCAAUGAAAUAACAUAAGAGAAAAUGCCUUAUUUAUCAGAAGUGCCAUUGCGUCAGUUGCAUAUUUACACUUGAUGGUUGUUGUUUUGUGUUUAGUGCAAUCCUCGGACGCUAAUGUACAUAAUAAUGUAGAGUAUAUUGUUUGAUUUAGUGUAUAUUGGAGACAUUGUACAUUACAUUAAGUAGGACAGAAGUGAAUUAUUGACAGAGGGGAAAAGGACAUGCAUUCUCUAUGUGAAUUUCAUCUUGUUUUCUUAAAGUUUUAACCAUUGGUGAAGUGUGAUUUCCAGCGCAGGUAAUGCAUGACUUCAGUUUGUAUUCAAUCUUGAAGGUUUAAGAAAAGAGGAUUGUACGUAUUGUGUUUUCUGGCCUUUUCAUCCAAUGAUACAUGUACAUGUGGGGCACUUUUGUAGUCUGCCUAAAUUGAAGUACUUGCUAUAUAUUUAAUGUCAAGUUAUUGUUUCAGUGUAUAUAACUAGCUAAAUAUCGAAUGUAACAUUCACUGUACAUGAAACUUGCAAACCUGUGUGCCAUUUUUUUUUUUCGUAGGAGAGGGGUUGCUAUCUUCCUUGCUGCCAAAUUGAAGUGAUUCCACUAAAUUGUCAAUUUUAAAAAUAUGUUCUGUGUGAUCUAAAUGAUGUGAUCACAGAGUAGCAUUCAGUACCUUGUGUGAAACAAAGUUGUAUAUUUGUAGAAUAUUACAUUCCUGUAUGUGUGCGCAGAUUUGUAUUUUUUCUAGUAGAGAAUGCACUGAAAAUAAAUAUCAAUUGAAAUUGUUACUUU